GUUACAGUCCAUUUAUGGGCGCAGCCGAGGGCAGAUAUCAGUGUCGAUGGCAUUCGCUCCCAGCUAUUCUUAGGAGCCUCUCAAGAGCUCCACGCAGCCCAGCUGGGCAGCAAGGGACAGAGCAGAGGCGGCCGCUGACAGCACCAGCAUGUCUUACAGUGUGACCCUGACUGGGCCUGGGCCCUGGGGCUUCCGUCUGCAGGGGGGCAAGGACUUCAACAUGCCCCUCACUAUUUCCCGGAUCACACCAGGCAGCAAGGCAGCCCAGUCCCAGCUCAGCCAGGGUGACCUUGUGGUGGCCAUUGACGGCGUCAACACAGACACCAUGACCCACCUGGAAGCCCAGAACAAGAUCAAGUCUGCCAGCUACAACUUGAGCCUCACCCUGCAGAAAUCGAAGCGUCCCAUUCCCAUCUCCACGACAGCACCCCCAGUCCAGUCCCCUCUGCCAGUGAUCCCCCACCAGAAGGACCCCGCUCUGGAUACGAACGGCAGCCUGGUGGCACCCAGCCCCAGCCCUGAGGCGAGGGCCAGCCCAGGCACCCCGGGCACCCCGGAGCUCAGGCCUACCUUUAGCCCUGCCUUCUCCCCGCCCUCUGCCUUCUCCUCACUCACCGAGGCCUCUGACCCUGGCCCUCCGCGGGUCAGACUGAGGGCCAAGACCAGCCCGGACGGGGCCCGGGACCUACUCGGCCCGAAAGCCCUGCCGGGCUCGAGCCAGCCGAGGCAAUAUAACAACCCCAUUGGCCUGUACUCGGCAGAGACCCUGAGGGAGAUGGCUCAGAUGUACCAGAUGAGCCUCCGAGGGAAGGCCUCGGGUGUCGGACUCCCAGGAGGGGCGUCACCGCUGGCGAGCCUCCCUAUUAAGGACCUUACUGUAGACAGCGCCUCUCCCGUCUACCAGGCUGUGAUUAAGAACCAGAACAAGCCGGAAGAUGAGGCUGACGAGUGGGCACGCCGCUCCUCCAACCUGCAGUCUCGCUCCUUCCGCAUCCUGGCCCAGAUGACAGGGACAGAAUUCAUGCAAGACCCUGAUGAAGAAGCUCUACGAAGGUCAAGCACCCCUAUUGAGCAUGCGCCAGUGUGCACCAGCCAGGCCACCACCCCGCUGCUGCCCGCUUCUGCCCAGCCGCCUGCUGCUGCCUCUCCCAGUGCAGCUUCGCCACCCCUGGCCACAGCUGCUGCCCACACUGCCAUCACCUCUGCCGCCGCCACAGCCCCUGCUUCAAGUCCUGCCGACAGCCCAAGGCCCCAGGCCUCUUCCUACAGCCCAGCAAUGGCCGCCUCUUCAGCACCUGCCACUCACACCAGCUACAGUGAGGGCCCCGCCGCCCCUGCACCCAAGCCCCGGGUUGUCACCACUGCCAGCAUCCGGCCUUCUGUCUACCAGCCAGUGCCUGCAUCUACCUACAGCCCGUCCCCAGGGGCCAAUUACAGUCCCACUCCCUACACUCCCUCGCCUACCCCUGCCUACACCCCCUCACCUGCCCCUGCCUAUACCCCCUCACCUGCCCCUGCCUAUACCCCCUCGCCUGCCCCCACCUACACUCCAUCCCCAGCACUAGCCUAUACCCCUUCGCCUGCUCCCAACUAUAACCCCGCACCCUCGGCGGCCUAUAGUGGGGGCCCUGCGGAGCCUGCUAGCCGUCCCCCCUGGGUGACAGAUGACAGCUUCUCCCAGAAGUUUGCCCCGGGCAAGAGCACCACUUCCAUCAGCAAGCAGACCCUGCCCCGGGGGGGCCCAGCCUACACCCCGGCGGGUCCCCAGGUGCCACCACUUGCCAGGGGGACCGUCCAGAGGGCUGAGCGCUUCCCAGCCAGCAGCCGGACUCCACUCUGCGGCCACUGCAACAACGUCAUCCGGGGCCCAUUUCUGGUAGCCAUGGGCCGUUCUUGGCACCCUGAGGAGUUCAACUGCGCCUACUGCAAGAGUUCCCUGGCAGAUGUGUGCUUUGUGGAAGAGCAGAACAACGUUUACUGUGAGCGAUGUUAUGAGCAAUUCUUUGCCCCACUCUGUGCCAAGUGCAACACCAAAAUUAUGGGGGAAGUGAUGCAUGCCUUGAGACAGACAUGGCACACCACCUGCUUCGUCUGUGCGGCCUGCAAGAAGCCUUUUGGGAACAGCCUCUUCCACAUGGAAGAUGGGGAGCCCUACUGCGAGAAAGACUACAUCAAUCUGUUCAGCACCAAGUGUCACGGCUGCGAUUUCCCCGUGGAGGCCGGCGACAAGUUUAUUGAAGCCCUGGGCCACACUUGGCAUGACACCUGCUUCAUUUGCGCGGUCUGCCAUGUGAAUCUGGAGGGGCAGCCGUUCUACUCCAAGAAGGACAGACCCCUGUGCAAGAAGCACGCACACACCAUCAACUUGUAGGUGGCUGAGGCCGCCUGUGCUGAUGAGGCCCAGAGCUGCUCCUGCUGCUGGCAACAAAGGAUUCGGGAGGCUGAUGUUUCUUCUGAGGGGAACAGGGAGAGAAAGGAAGCAACUGAGCCCUUUGGAAGUAUAAUUUUAGGUUUUUUCUUCUGUACACAAAUCGUGUAUUUGCAUAGUUCAGACUAGGAGCCAAAUGAAGACUCAAAACCAAGCUAGUUAUUAAUCUAAGACUGGAAUUGUGCUUCAGACAUUUAGAGCAGAAUUCCAAGAACUCAAAAGUGAAAAGCAACAAGCAGCUUUCCCAAAGCGAUACACUUCCUGCGGUCACCAGAGGAGGACAGAGCUCAGAGCAGCUGUGGAGAAUCUGAAGCAUUCUGUGGAGUUCUUAAGCGCUCCCCUGGCAAACAAAUUGAAGUGCCAAACAGCACUCGCUGCAGGGUAUUUUUAGAGUCAUAGCUGAGAGCUUGUUAGCUAAGACCCAUUGGGCUUUCCUCACCAAAAAAGGAAGUGUUAUUCCAUUACUAGCGUCAUGGAGCUACCUCUGCGCAUCAGACUUCAGACCUUGAACAAACUUGAAACAUUCUAAUGGGAGCCCGGACGUCCAAAGAGAUGUCUUCUGGGAGCCACUGGGCAAUUGCCAGGGCUCCAGGAAGGGCUCUGGCUCAGGUUGCAGACAGCUGAGAAAAGAUGGCCCUGUCAGCCACCCUCUCUCAGUCUGAAACAUCCAAUGUCCCCAGAAGGCUUAGCUCCUUUUUGAAUUGUGAUGGGAAAGUAGAAUUGGGUUUUUCCAGUUUU